CGUCACACGCCGAGGGUGCCAUGGCCGCCAUCACACAGGGGUCGCGGGGCCGCCGGCAGACUGUUAACGAGCGCAUUGACAGCAUCCUGGACGACUUUUGCCGGUCGUCGAUUGUCCAUCCCGGCGCGGAAACGGAUGUGCAAGCAGUCGAGUCGAAGCGGCUGUCCCAGCUGUACCAAGUGUCUCUCGACGAUCAGUUCCUCAAGGAUCGCGUGCACCACUUGCCAUCGCCCGUGUCGAGGGAGCGGCAAACGGCAAUAUCCCGCCACAUGUAUAGCCGGGAGCGGGCGGCGCUGCCCCCCGCAGCGUCCCCUCUCGCUGUGACAAAGCCCACUGCACCUCACAACGCCCUGCCCAUCUGCUCGCCUAUCAAAGCCUCUCAAAGCACGUCCAAGCUGCACCAACUACAAAAGCUCCAGCCGUGGUAUAUGGGUCACAACAACGUCGGGACAGGGCCAGCGUGCACGCUUCACGCCAAGACCAAGAGGUACGGGGCUCGAGGGGCCGUGCAGUUGAGUGCAGCAGAGACCGUGGCGGGCACAGUGCCAACCAUGCACCCCACCAAGCUCCACCCUUCGCCGUCCCUGGAAUCUGGCCUGGCCAACCUAGCCAAAUUUCAGCACCCGAACACGUGGAGCCCAACUCUUCGGGGGUCCCCGACGAUGUGGUCCGAGGAGGCGGCGUUCGUGUAUGGCGCGUCGCUGUCGUUUCACAACACUCGGCAGCCCCAUGUGCAUCCAGCAUCAAAGGUCAAGGUCCAGCUGCGCGACGUCGACCCGGACGCAUUGCGUGUCAACGAAAAGACCAAGGCCGAGUUGAAAGCGCUCGAAAGCGCCUUGCUCCAAGAGCAACAGGCCGAGCGAGCGAAAUGUGCAGCCACCCGCGACGUCCUCGACGACGUACGCGAGCAGCAACGCGUCGAGCUCAGCAAACACGUCCACCACGCCAAAGUGCCAGCUAAAGCCAUGAAGGAAAUGACGCUCAUCAAGACUGCAGGACCCGCUCGCGUCGCGGCCAUCUCCACCAAGCUCAUGCAAUGCAAAUACGACCUGCGGUGGAGAACGAUGUUCGUCCUCAUUGAUGCCAUGCGACGAAGCGUGUUCAACCGGCCGUUGCUGCAAGAGCUGUCGCUGCUCCUGGAACGAAUCGCGGAGCAGGGCACACGGCAAAAGCGCGCAAACCCUUUCGAGCUCUCGCGAGACCAAUGUCGGGAGCUGUUUGCCAAAGAGUACCCUGCCUUUGGCGAGUCAAAUGUCAACCUCAUGUACUCAUCGUUCGACCCGACACACACCGACUGCCUCGACAUGCGCGACGUGAUCUCGACGGUCAAGGCGCUACGAAUGUCCAACGCAAACACGCGCGCCAGCAGCAUGAAAGACGUCGUGAUGGAGCUCCUCGCGAUGUACGCGGCCGCGUCCACGGUGUAUGUAUUCCAUGUCCUGCGCGUGCUGUGUUUGUUCUGCACGUCGACCGACGACGAAGAUGCCCUCGUCCAUCGCGUCGAGACACUGUUCCAACUGUACCGGCCCUUUCGGCACCUCCAUGGACGAGUUGACCUGGACGCCGUCGACGCGUUCCUCACGGAGCAGUCGGCGAUCGUGGACGUUUUCACAGACAACUUGAUGGCUCGGCGGAGGCACAUCCACACGCAGACGCUGCACAACUCGGCCGAGUGACGGCCGUGCGUAUCGCCAGGAGUCGCUCCAGCGUCAUCGUAGCGCAGCCAGCGCACGAAGCAACAUGCGAAACAUGUCUCCAUCGAUCUUGUUGAGCACAGACACCGUUGGUGGACGUGGCACUUCAGCCUGGAACCGUCUACCUGGUCCAUGGCGACCUGUUGUCGUGGCAGUAAUUCUCACACGAGGUUUGCGGAAGGAGGUAUACUGAAUUCAAGUUGUUUGGAGAAGGCAUGC